AUGCAUGUUUACGUGUUCUGCCUAACAUUGACGGGGAACGGGACGUCUGGAGGUUUCACAGUCCAAGAGAACGCAUACCUUAAACUGACGUGUUCAACGUCUACCGAAGUCCAGUACGUAACAUAUUAUAAAAGACAUUUGGAAACAUCUCCUCGUACAAUAACCGCAGUGGGCUACGCAUCAUCAGGCUGUGGCACAGACCCAACACCGCCGUCCUACCUCAGCUGCUCAUGUGUCAGUAGGAGGGAAUACGUAUGUGUCAUCGGAACCGUCACCAGAGUCAUGAACGGGGAAGUUUGGUUUUGUCUACCUCCAGGAGGAGAUCUUAAUGACAAGAGUAGGGAUAAGACAAUAUUCGUAACAAUCGGCAUUACAUCGGUGUCUAUAAUAUUCCCGGCGGUCAGCACCUUCUCUGUCAUAGAAAACACCACCCGGCAGUUCCGGUGUGAGACAUCUGCCGGGAACCCACAGGCCAUCAUGGAGUGGUACAAGGAUAAUGGUACACCGAACAGAGCGGAUGACACGGAAAUUACUACCGGGAAAGAGACAUACACAAGAGCAAGUGGUACUCUGAUUGUGACUCUUGGUAAACUGACGUUGACUGUACAGGGAAACGAUCAGGAAGUGGGCGUGUACUGCAGGGCAAACAACGGCGGGGUUUGGCUGUAUUCCUUCAGUGUGAUUUUAGAUGUUCAAUAUCCCCCGCGUAAACCCAAGUGUUCCAUCAGUGGAACGUUUAUCUCGAACACUGCUAUACUUGUGGAGGGCUCAGACCGCAUUAUCAGCUGCACUAGUUCCGCCAACCCGCCCCUGGUCACGUACACGUGGUCAACUCCGGAUCGUGGACAAGUGCCCGGAGCCAAUAUGUCCCUCACAAAUGUUAAGCACCCAGCUGACCUCGGCCAGUACACCAUUACGGCCACAAACACAAUGGACCCAACAGGAGGAAACACGGAAACGGGAACAAGCAACACAACGUUUUCGGUAGAUGUUCAGUUUGGACCUAAAGUGCAACUUCCUCAGACUUAUGACAUUUUGGAGGGCAUUGCCGUAAACUAUUCAUGUUCUUUCAUCCCUGGGAACCCUUCUCAGACAUCCUUUGUCUGGACAAGGUCAAUUGACAGCAUGCAAUGGAACAGCCAGUUUUUCAGUAUUAGCUUUGUGCAGAAAUCAGACGACGGCAUGUACACAUGCACUGCGACAAACCAGCUGACGCCCACUGGAUCUCCGGGCCAGACUGGAAAUCAUAGCGGAACCAUGCACCUUAAUGUUCAGUAUAAAUCAAGAAUAACAGAGUUUCGUGUGACUGGAAACAGACACGAAGCACACGUAACAGAAACAGAGAAAAACAUUACGACGUUUACUUGCAUGGUAGAUAGCAAUCCUCCAUCAACCAUUAAUAUUAAAAAGGACGGUGAUCUGAGGAGAUCCGUUAAUCAUGCAACACAGCUGGAGUACAACAUUGCAAAUCUGUCGUGCACGGAUGCUGGGGUUUACACUUGUGAUGCCAGCAACCAGUUUAAUGACAAAACUUCAGCAAUGGAUUUACAUAUGUAUGUUACAUGUUCACCACGGCGCCCCCCUGGCCAGAAUAUCAAGGUGAACUUUACAGCUCGAUUACAUGAGAAUGUAACACUGCAGUACAGUGUGGUUGCGUACCCAGUACCAAUCUCUUCACAGUUCGUCUGGAAAAGAUGUUUAAGGAGAAAUAUGUGUAUACAAUUGACAAAUAUCACCGCAAAGUUUGAAAUUUCAACAAUGGACUUGUCGAGUAACUUGACCAUUGUAGAUACUGAUAUUGAUGAUUUCGGCGCGUACAGUCUUUCAGUUAAAAAUGGCAUUGGCGAGGAACUAGUCGAGGAUUUGUUUCUCCAAUCAGUCGGUCCACCUGAUACUGCAACCUGUUUCAUGGUGAUUUCGAAUACAGUCACGAGUUCAAGCGCUGUUUUAUCAUGGAUUCCUGGGCCUCACAAUGGCUAUCCACAAACGUUCCACAUAUCAUAUCGAGUAUUAGAUAAUUUGGGGGAUUGGCUGGAUGUUAGUGUUCAACAUAACGGAAAAACUGAGAUGAACGUAACCCUUCAUAGUCUAGAACCAGGGAGAUCGUAUUUUGUCAAAUUCUAUGCUCUGAAUAUAGCAGGUGAAUCUGCGAAAAAAACACUUACAUUCAGCACAUUAACAGAUAUCGACCAUGCUAAACCACAAAUCGCUGCAAUUGCUGGUGGUGUUACAGCUGGGGUUAUAACGAUGAUAGUCAUUGUCGUCGGCUUCUGUGUUCUUCGAAAAAAAUAUUCGGUAUCAUGUGCGUUCAAGGUCACUCGCAAAGAAGGUUCACGCUCAAGACCUACCGUACCCUUUGCUGAGAUUCCUGGUGAUAACGAUACCAUAACUUACGAAACUGUAUCAGCAAAAAACAACACGCCUGUUUACGACGUUUUGAGUGUUGGAAAUGAAGGACCGGAUACUCCACACGUUUACAUGCCGCUAGAUGAGUCCAUGUCAAGUUCCGAUCCAAACAAGGCGAAAUCAAAGACAGAGGUUCCCAUUUACCACAACACGAUGGCGAAGAACCAAGUGCAGACAGUGCUUUAAGUGAGAAAUCCGAAUAACAUGUAUGAUGAGUAGUUGUUGUCGAUACUGAGUAACUCCGCAAUGCUAUUUGUUGAUUGCUCAAUAUUGAUAUAUAUAUUGAUAAGAAAAUGAGAUUAUGCUGCGAAUUGUGUACGAAAUAACUAUCCAUCCUAAAACAGUAAAUCUAUUUUAUAUAAAAGCAAAUAAUAACAUACAACUGGACACUUAAUUGUUAAGAUCUAACGUGCAUGUCUCUUAAGUUUUCUUUCAACUCAUUCCCAGAAAAACAUAAUUAUGGAUGAACUUAUUUGUUUACGGAGAAUACUUUCGACCUGAUUACUAUCUCCUAAUCAUCGACACGCCUCUGAGUGACCAGGAGGCUUCAGAUGAACUAACGCUGAAGUUUACGAAGAUCAUCUCUACCAUUCCAAGAUUAACGCUGGGACGAGUUAUGCCAAUACUGUUUAGAUCGCAAAAGUAAAGAUGAUGCUGUUCUAAUCAACACAACUAUCUGUCGUUCAACAGAAUCUACAAGUGACUUUGGAGUACUCUUCCAUUAAUCGUUCUAAUAUAACCGUGUUGUUUAAGCUUCUAGAUGAACUAGUGAAUUGAUUUUAGUAAUUUACAUAUGUUAUGGAAGGGUGAACAAUUAUCAAAAACAUGUCUCUUAUUAUAGUCUGUCUGUAGGAACAAUUACCCGGCGAAUACUACUCACGUGUGUGACGUGAUCAAUCACUUUGUAUUAUAAGAUGUCAUCAGCUUUUAAUUUUAAUGCUUUCUUUGUUUAAUGUUUUAUUGUUUGAUAAUGAUGCUUUAUUAACUAGUACGGGUUGCUCUUAAUACAGUUACAUGUUUUUGCCUUACAUACUAAUUAAUAUAAACCACAUAAGAUUACUUGUGUUUCUUGUUCGGCAAGUUAUUGAAACAGGUGCGACGACUGAACUCUUCUACAUGUGUUUACUAGUGUAAUAGGGCAGUACCAUGGCAUUUGUGUGGUUUUCGUAGUAGAUAGGGAUUGACCCAAUCACUGGUUGGUUUUGCAAAACAACAAAUUGUGUUUUGUUGUGCCUUACCAUUUACAUGUUUACUAACUAUAACACGAUAUAAAAUUCAUUGCAUAAAUAUAUGUGCAUAGUCUUUUCCAUUUGUCUAUAUUGUUUUAUAUAUUGUAUAAAGAUGUUUUAAUGUUGCAUGUGUAUUUAUAAUGUUUAUUGAAUAAUAUUUACACCUCAACGUCCAUUCCUUAAAUGAACUGCCUUUCGGCAAUUGCGUUCAUCAAUCGAUGCACGCAACAUCUUCGGAUAUGUUCGGAUCGCAAUUCAUCGCAUAACAAUAUACAUGCAAAUUUGAUCUUGUUAUUGUUUGUAUUGUGUCACCAGGUCUCGUAAAAUAUAAAUCAACAUUUUAGAAAGUGCUAAGUUAUUAUAUUUUAAACGUUUUGUUACCAAAAGUGUUUUAAUUUUACGUUUAAAAGUGAUUUCAAGUGGUUGAUCUUUUCCCGCGUUAUUGUGACGUCAUUUGAAAAAAAUGUUUCCGGUAACAGUCGGGUCGUCCUAUUUACAGAAUAGGAAAGAACGGAUUACUGAAAGGUAAUCCGAAAUGAAAAGAAGUAUUUUUUUAACGU